AGUUAUGAGAAAGGACUUUGCCACAUUAUUUAUUUGUGGAACCCAAGUAUUAGAAUGUGUAAGAAACUUGUAGCUACUCGCUUUAAUCGCAAGAAAAAUGAAAGAGCCGCUAUUGGAUUUGCUUAUGAUUCUCUGAACAACGACUUCAAGAUUCUGAGAAUUGUGUGUAAUGCGAUGUUCAAAGAAUCAGAAGCUGAAGCAGAGAUUUACACGUUAAGUUCGGAUUCAUGGAGGAAGGUUGUACCAUCAAUGCAGUCCUUAAGAGGGUGUGAAGUGACUGAACCCAAACUUGGGACUAUAUCUUGUGUUUGGGGUCCCUUUACAUUUUAUAAUGGAGCUCUGCAUGCUUUAGCAUUUACCAUCGGCUAUUCAUUCAUUUUGUCCUUUGACAUUAGCAAUGAGAGCUUCCAUGAGAUAACAAUGUCUCGUAAUCACCUAGGUGGAGGGACUAUAAAUAUCACUAAACUUGCAGUGUACAAGGGAUUGCUGGCUGAUUUCUUUUUCACUCAUGAUCUUGGCAAUGAGCAUGAUCUUGGCAAUGAGCAUCAUGGGAGUGUCUUAUGCCAUGUAUGGGUUAUGGAGGAGUAUGGUGUGGCCGGAUCUUGGACUAGAAAAUUUGUGAUACCAAUGGAAUGGAUUUGGGCGGUUCUUUUCUUUGGCUGCACUAACAAUGGUGAACUUCUCAUUGAGAAUGCCACUAGGCUGGUUUUGAUUGACCCUGAGAGUCAAAAUCAGAACAUUCUUGCAAUUGAAGAUGCUAAUUGGGUGGCUUUCUCAGCUAAUUCAAUGGAGAGCUUGGUUUUACUUGAUGGGGGAGGAUUGUUUAGCUGUUUGUGUCUAUGUUUGGUGAAAGUAAUUGUGGGUAACAAUGUGUAUUGAGGUUUGGGAAAAUUCUCAUGAGUACUAUCUACUUUAUUUUGUAUAGAUUUUGUUAUUAUUGCUGAGAAUAUCUCGCAAUUCUGUGCACAUUGUAGGUGUUAUCAAUGUUACAAGUAGCAACGAGAUGUAUUUAAGAGUAUACCAUUAUAGUUGGCAACUCCGAAAUGUGCUCAAAAUGGGGAUUUCAGAUAGCUAAGCAAUUUUGUUCUUUAGUUCCAUAGCUAUUUCUGAUAGAAUAUUGUUGUCAAAUGUUCUCAAGUCCAAUAACUAGCAGUAGUUGAAAUUAUGCUUCCUUUUAGAAGUUUAAAACAGUGGAAUCCUGGUUGAUCGUAUUUAACAGUGGAAGAAACAAAAAAUUGCGUUAAUAUCAUUAGUAGGUGUUAAUGUUGCAAUGAAGUAGGACAGAUUUGAAGAUAUGCAUGUGUGAUUUUAGGAUAGGAAAAGUUUCUGUAUUAUUAUUGUUUUUGAUAAAUAAUAAAACUUCAUUGAAAGGAAAUAUCAAACACAUAGAAAUGUCUUGUGUGCUGAGGAAAACUUGAAAACCACAAAACUAAGAUGCACUUUUAUUAUUGACAGGUACAGUUUUUUUUUUACUAUUGAUUUAUAAGAGAUCUAAUAGUUGAAAAAUACACCACUAGCCAUGUCAUCACUAAAAAUUUGUUAAUGGCCACGUCAACUGACUUAUUUAAUGGCACCUUAUUUUUCUCAUGCUCAUUCAUUACUCAAAAUGUUUACACAGAUAGAGAGAGUGAGAGAAAGGAGGAGGAGGAGAAGAACUCCAAUGUUUGCUCCAUGGAUGACCUAGGCGGUGCUUUGGGCAGCGUUGGUGGCCUAGGCAGUAGCAGCAGUGGGCUGGGCAGCAGUGGCGAUGGCCACAGCAGGGCGACUUCAUAAAAAUUAAUUGGAAACUUCCUUGGUCUCUUUAGCUUCCUUUACACUGGUGGUUUUCUUGUGGCAGCUUCUUUUUAGAGCUUUCCCUCUAGGAACUGUUCUUGCUAGCAGAAAUAUAACCACUGAUACGACCAAGGAUUAUCUUAAUUUAGGGAUGAACACAAUUUACUUUCAUACAAUUAAGACAUAAAUUGUUUGUUGCUCUGUUUUUCAUUUGUAAUAGAUGUAAAAAUAGUAUUUCUAUCUAAAUUAUGGGCAUAAGUUUUUCUGCAUUGGAAUUAGA